ACAGAAUUUGUUCAAGGCGUAUCUGUUAGCAGCAAUAGUCUGUAGCGAGUGAAAACGAGCACUGAAAUAGAUGCACCACAUGGCGGGGAUCUUCGACUAUAUGUGAGAGAAUGAGAGUACGGCUUUCUACUGGUUCGCGUGCUGGGAAAAAGACGGUGGCAGAGUGAACGAGAGUGCCAAGUCGAAGAAGAUUUUUACUUCAUAUUGAAUCAAUUCGAUAAAUCUUUGAUCGCGUCUUCCCCGAUAAAUAUACAAUGAAAUAAUAAUGUAUGAUAAAGAUCGUUAAAAAAAAAAGAACCGAAUUUUUUGACAGUGAACAAGGAUUUAUUUGGAAAUCAUUUUGUGACGAAGAAAUUUGUAACGAUUAUAAUUCGUUUGAGUUUUAGUGACGUGGCAAACACUUAUUUUCAAGAAGAAAACUCUCUCUCUCUUUUUUUUUUUUGAUCAAGAUUUUAUUAAAGUGAAAGUCAAUAAUAUAUAUAUAUAUAUAGAGAGAGAGAGGGAAAUACAAGUGAAAAAUUAAAGCAAAGAAUCUUAUGAAGUAAUAAUAAAAAAUAUAUGCAUAAUGUUUUUUAAUAGAACCUCGUUUAAUUAAAUAUUAUAGGAGAGAAGAAAGUGAAAAGAAUCGAGUUAAGUCGAGUCAAUUGUUGAACGUCGUUCACACUCGACGCCUCGAUGAAGAUUCACGAUCUUUUGGUGAGCUAACAUUCUAAAAAUACGAUAUAAGCUUCGUGAUCUUACAGUGGAAGUCUUCGAGCAUCGAGGAAAUUUCGCGGAGACGGUGUUAGUAGUUAAAUAAUAGUAAUACGAGUUAAUACUAUCAAUUGCAAGUCAAACAAAAUUAUAAUUCGUUUGAAAUGAACUGGACAGUAUAGUACUUCGUUAAAUUGAUGAUAAAUAAUAAGAGAACGAUUUCUCCGAAAGAAAAAAAAGAAAGGGAAAGAGUAAGAGAGCUGAUUAUAAAAAAUUGUUUUUAUAUUAAGGCGAUGCUCGUUCGUCAAACGAAAAUUCAACUAAGCCGGUUAGGCCGGCCUUAUCGGAAACGGUAAAAUUAAUUAAACUUGUGAUCACUAACUAAAAACAAAUGGCUACCUGCCAUCCUAGACCGCUGGUACAACAUCUGCAGCUACAGGAACAAACUCAGGUUGGCUUAGGUACUAUCAAUAGCGUCGGUAAUCAAGGACAAAAAGUGCUACAGCAAACUCAUUAUCAGCCUCACCUGUUGAAUUGGGUAUAUUUAGCGAUCACUGAUCAAAACUCGCCGCAACUUUCCGAUCAGAAAAAGCUUCUACCUACGAUAUGGAGCAGUUAUGCGACGGCAAAUUCACAAACCUAUCUACACCAAAACACUUUGAAUGCUUCCGGAGCAAUAGGUGCCAGUCUAGCCGAUAGUAUCGGUGAUCUCGCCGAACAUUUUACUGACUUGGACCUUUUAGAUAGAAAACCAAUAAAGAGGCCACCGUCUACGUACUUGUGUCAUUUGUGUUUUACAAAAGGUCACUAUAUCAAAGAUUGCCCGCAGGCUCGUCCAAAAGGCGAAGGUCUUACACCCUACCAAGGUAAAAAAAGAUGCUUUGGAGAAUACAAAUGUCCAAAAUGCAAACGUAAAUGGAUGUCGGGUAAUAGUUGGGCUAAUAUGGGUCAAGAAUGCAUGAAAUGUCAUAUUAAUGUGUAUCCUCAUAAACAGAGACCAUUAGAACAACCUGAUGGUUUAGACGUAUCCGACCAAAGUAAAGAACAUCCUCAACACCUUUGUGAGAAAUGUAAAAUUCUGGGAUAUUACUGCAGACGUAGUCAAUAACAGCGAUAUAGCAUACACAUCAAAAAUAUAUACGUAUAUAGGUACGUCUUUUCUACAUAAGACUACUCACGCGAUCAUUUAAAAUGCUAAAUUCACGAACUAUUACUGAUACAACUUUGUAUGCGUACUGUCGGAUGUGCAAGAACGCAUGGAUGUAUAUUAUUCUUUUUGAUAAUUUCGAUAAUAUUAUUCUUGAUACAAAAACAAUAUUCUUUGAUCAAAUAACGAAUCGGGACUUUCAUACUCAGGGACGAUUUUAUGAAAUCUAUAAGAGCACGAAUGCAAAGCUCUGUUGUACAAAAAUGAUUAUAUUUAAAAAUAAAGAAUCAUAAAAAAAACGAAAAUGAUGCAAGUUAAAGAAUGUAAAAUUUAAUUUAAAAUUUUUAUUUUCUCCAAUAUAUAUCUAUUCGCAGUAUGCACGACUGAUUAUGAGUCUUCGUAAUUAUAAAUCUUUUUCAUUUAACUGAAAAGUAAAUUCUUUAACUUACACCACUUUCUUAUUGGUGCAUUCACAAUUCAAUAGACACAAAAUGAUUCUUAUCUUUGUACAUCAGAGAAUGAAAGGGACAAAGAGAGCAUAAGUUUACCGUUUAUUUUAAUUAUCUCAAUUAUUUGUCACAAUCCAAAGAAAAUAAAUGUCAGGAAACAUUAUUCGAUACUGUACAUAUACAUAUAAGAUUCGUCAAGAUGAAUAUUUGACAUGAAUAUGCUACUAUCAACCAUAUUUAACAACUUGAAAAUGUUACAGAACGACUAGGAAUGCUUGAGAGAUAUGACUUAUACGCGUUUGAAGCUAGAUAGUUCUCUUUUAUUAAAUAAGAAAACAAACUUUCCAUCGCCAAAGAAAAUAACAUUAAUAAAUGUAGAUAUAUAUAUAUAUAUAUUUCUUUUUCUGCAGAUAUGCAACUCUAAUAUUAUAAUAAAAUGACAUAAAUUUAUCAGAAAUGCGAAAAAAAUGGAGUCGAAUAUGUUGAAUCAUUAUUAUUAUAUAUUAUUAUU